CAAGCGCGCCAAGUUUUGCAAAGAAGGAGUCAGAGGCACGGAGAAAAAGUGGAUUGUAUAAAGAGCUGCUUAUCGAAUCGGAGCCACAGUUCAAGAGCUGGGUUUGUGGAGUGCGACCAGUCCGGGCAUGCUAUAACAGACUGUAACAGUAUUUGGUAGAUCGGGAACAUUGACUGGUAUAGUGCUGUGUGACCCCAGCAUCCCCCCAGAUACAGAGCACGGAUGAUAACAACGCUUGCUGGAGUAUUAGAGUUUUAAUCCGGACAGGGCAGCGAGGCUAAUAUCAGCACACAAUGGUUCUGCAAAACAGUGGAAGAUUCAAAGCGGACCGGGACCAGAGCGGAGACCAGGAAAACCAGCAGGAUGAAGCCUCGGCGAUGUCCGCUCUUAAGCGCCUGGAGCGCAGCCAGUUCACAGACGAGAUGGACGCGCGCUUCGGCUUCGAGAGGAUGAAAGAUCCGGGAGAGAAGACAGGCUGGCUCAUUAACAUGCACCCGACGGAGAUCCUAGAUGAUGACAAACGCAUGGUCAGUGCCGUCGAUUAUUACUUCAUUCAGGAGGACGGCAGCAGGUUUAAGGUUGCACUUCCCUUUAAACCCUAUUUCUACAUAGCAACUAAGAAGGGCUGCGAGAGAGAGGUGAUCUCCUUCCUUUCUAAGAAGUACCAGGGGAAAAUUGCCAAGCUGGAGGUCAUGCCCAAGGAGGACCUGGAUCUGCCCAAUCACCUGGUGGGUCUGAAGAGGAACUACGUCAAGCUGUUCUUCAACACUGUCGACGAUCUCGUCAAAGUGAGGCGCGAGAUCUCUCCAGCCGUGCGGAAGAACCGGGAGCGCGAGAAAUCCAACGAUGCCUAUACCGCCAUGCUGUCCAGUGCGCUGGCAGGGGGCAGCAUGACUACCCUGGACGAUGACGGCCCCUCCAAAAAGAUCACCGACCAGCUGGACAACAUUGUGGACCUGCGGGAGUACGAUGUGCCCUACCAUGUGCGGCUGUCCAUCGACCUGAAGAUCCACGUGGCUCACUGGUAUAACGUGCGUUACCGCGGCAGCGCCUACCCCCCAGAGAUUGUGCGCAGGGAUGACUUGGUGGAGCGGCCGGACCCGGUUGUGUUGGCGUUCGACAUUGAGACCACCAAGCUGCCCUUGAAGUUCCCCGACGCGGAGAGCGACCAGAUCAUGAUGAUCUCAUACAUGAUUGAUGGACAGGGUUACCUGAUCACAAACCGGGAGAUUGUGUCGGAGGAUAUUGAGGAUUUUGAAUUCACCCCCAAACCAGAGUACGAGGGCCCCUUCACUGUGUUCAAUGAGCCUGAUGAGGCUAGUUUGAUUCAGAGAUGGUUUGAACACAUCCACGAGACCAAGCCCAACAUCUUUGUCACCUACAACGGAGACUUCUUCGACUGGCCCUUCGUGGAGACGCGGGCAGCGCAGCACGGCCUUGACAUGUACCGAGAGAUCGGCUUUCAGAAAGACAGCCAGGGAGAGUACAAGGCCAGCCAAGCCAUUCACAUGGAUUGCUUCAGGUGGGUGAAGCGAGACAGCUAUCUGCCGGUGGGCAGUCAAAACCUGAAGGCGGCAGCGAAGGCCAAGCUGAGCUAUGACCCCGUGGAGCUGGACCCGGAGGAAAUGUGCCGCAUGGCCACGGAGCAGCCCCAGACGUUGGCGACCUAUUCAGUGUCAGAUGCUGUUGCCACCUACUAUCUGUACAUGAAGUACGUGCACCCUUUCAUCUUUGCGCUGUGCACCAUCAUUCCCUUGGAGCCUGAUGAGGUCCUGCGGAAGGGCUCUGGCACGCUGUGCGAGGCUCUCCUGAUGGUCCAGGCCUUCCACGCCAACAUCGUCUUCCCCAACAAGCAGGAGCAGGUCUUCAACAAGCUGACUGACGACGGCCACGUGCUGGACUCGGAGACCUACGUGGGGGGCCACGUGGAGGCGCUGGAGUCCGGGGUCUUCCGCAGCGACAUCCCCUGCCGCUUCAAAAUGAACCCGGCUGCCUUUGACUUCCUGCUACAGCGAGUGGAGCUGACCCUGCGGCACGCCAUCGAGGAAGAGGAGAACAUCCCCAUGGAGCAGGUUAUCAACCUGGACGAGGCGAGUGAGACCCCAAAUAACACACCCAGCCCUGAUCAGGACCCCGCCCCAGAACCAGCAAAACUGGAGUCAAUACAGCACCCCACCUACUGGGUCUCUUGCUCCCCUUCGCAGGUGUGCGAGGAGAUUAAGAAGAAGCUGGUCUCUCUGAAGGAGGUGCCCAACAGGAUUGAGUGUCCCCUCAUUUACCACCUCGAUGUAGGGGCCAUGUACCCCAAUAUUAUCCUCACCAACCGGCUGCAGCCUUCUGCCAUGGUGGACGAGGCCACUUGUGCUGCCUGUGACUUCAACAAGCCUGGAGCCAACUGCCAGCGGAAGAUGGCAUGGCAGUGGAGAGGAGAGUUCAUGCCCGCAUCACGCAGUGAGUACCAUCGCAUUCAGCAGCAGCUGGAGUCCGAGAAGUUCCCGCCCUUCUUCCCGAACGGGCGUCCCCGGGCCUUCCACGAGCUGAACCGCGAGGAGCAGGCACGGCACGAGAAGAAACGGCUGGGAGAUUACUGCCGCAAGGCUUACAAGAAGGUGCGCAUCACGCGGCUGGAAGAGCGCGUCACCACCAUCUGCCAGAGGGAGAACUCCUUCUACGUGGACACUGUGCGCGCUUUCAGAGACCGCCGCUACGAGUUCAAGGGGCUGCACAAGGUGUGGAAGAAGAAGCUGUCUGUUGCCCAGGAGAGCGGGGACGCUGCUGAGGUGAAGCGCUGCAAGAACAUGGAGAUCCUCUACGAGUCCUUGCAGCUUGCUCACAAGUGCAUCCUCAACUCCUUCUACGGAUACGUCAUGAGAAGGGGGUAUGGGCGAUUGUGA